CUCUUAGACACUCUAUUAUCUCUCCAAAGCCACACCGUGGCUGUCCCCAAACUUUUUGGGGUGUGGGACCGAGGGAAAAGCCCAGCCCCGGGUCCACCCCAUCCGUCCCCUCAGGGCAGGGCUCCGCCGCCUCAGCGCAGCCAGGGCGGGCUCAGAGGCUCGCUGCCGCCCCGCUCUCAGAGGCUCCCGGCCGGUCGUGGCCAUGGACUGCGGCGUGAUCACCUCCAAAACCGUCUUGCUGUUGCUCAGCCUCGCCUUUUGGGCGGCGGCGGCUGGCCUCAGCUAUGUCGGGGGCUACGUGAUGAACACCUACAGGAGCUACGACAACUUCCUGCAGGACAAGUACGCGCUGCUGCCCGCCGUCAUCAUCCUCUGCGUGGCGGCCGUGAUGUUCAUCAUCGGGCUGCUCGGCUGCUGCGCCACCUUCCGGGAAUCUCGGGUUGGCCUGGGGCUGUUCUUGGCCAUUAUCCUCAUUAUCUUCAUCGCAGAGGUUUCCGCUUUUGUCCUGGCGUUUGUUUACAGGGAGAAGGUAAAAAGUGACGUUCAAGGCACGAUGCGCGCAGUCUUCGACAAGUACGACGGGAAAAACUCAGAGUCUGCUGUGAUGGAUUACUUGCAAGAAAACCUUCACUGCUGUGGGGUGAAGAACUACAGCGACUGGACAACCACGCAGUGGUUUAAUUCCACCGGGAACAACAGCGUCCCCCUGAGCUGCUGCAAGCAAAAUCUGAAGAACUGCACGGGGAGCCUGGAUCAGCCGCAGGAACUCAACACGCAGGGCUGUUCAGGGGAGCUGGAGGCCGGGCUGCAGAGUGUCAUCAGCUACGCUAUGCUUGUAAUCCUGGGCUUUGCCAUUGUGAAGUUCUUUGGCAUGCUGAGCGUCUGCGUGCUUACUUGCAAGCGAGAAGACAGCGGAUACCAGCCUCUUUACUCGGGGGUGUUCGCUUAAUAAAAUGCAAAGAUCACUCUUCUUUUGCUUCCUGAUGAUACAAUAGCUUUGUAAAGAUGAACGCUAAUGGACAAUUUGUGACCUUGUCAAAUGUUUGACUUUAUUUACAUGAAACGGAAGGAACAUUUUGUACUGAUUGGGAAAAGUUUCUUGUGGGUGAUGUGAAAUAGCAAUUCCGAUACUCGUUACCCUACGGUAACUUAACCCUGGUCGUACGUACCACAGCUUUCUGUAAGGUUCUUGUGGAUUUUGGGUUAGGUAGCACCAGAUGGCGUAAGGGGCUCCAGAAAGAAGCCUACUUCUGCAAUUCUUUCCUGUACCCUCAAAACAAGCAGCAGAAAUGUUAUUUUUAAUCACUAAACUGACUGAGACUGCAGGAGCGGAUUCAGUUGCCUGCGAAAACACCAGAUCGUUCCCCUGAUGUGCUUAAGAAACAGCUGGAUGCAAGGUUCAAAUAUUCUUCAUAAGCAUGGGGAGAUGGAAUGUGUUUUCUCUGUAUCUGAUGGUGGUUCAAUUUUUUCUCCUUGUCAUGGUCAUGUGUUGAAACUCAGUUUACUUCAGGGCUUGUUAGAGUGAGACAAACGCUGUGAAGUCCGGAACAGAAAUCUGAGUUGUCUGGUGAAGCAGCUAGCAAAUGUGAACAACCCCAGGCCAGGAGGUGAUGCGUGUUUGGGACAUGUCUUCUUUUGAUUCAUUUUGUCUUUUUGGUUUUAAUUUGACAAUAAAAAUUGCUUAUGAAGCAGGGCUUUUUUUUUUUUUUUUUCCUUUUCUUUUCUGCUUUUGCUGAUGAAUUUAUGCUUUGUCUACCCAAAGACAGACCGUGUCUCUGCGAGAGUGAUGCAGGUGAAUUCAGGAGUUGGAGGCAACGUUGGAUCAGUGUGGUUAUGCAGAAAAGAUGACUGGAAGGGCUAGUGCAGAGUUCUCUGUGGGACUGAACACAUCUGGCUGCUUUUCACAGCUAAAAAUAUUAAUAUAAAACUUUCUUGUACCCUGUUAGUUCACCAAGCAAUGUUGCUAACCUGUUGUUUGUUGUUUGAAACUGAUUUCUUUCUUUGAAGGUCUGGUGAAUGUGGUCCUGUCUUGGAUUGCACCACUUCUUUACAAAUGGCCCUUCUUUAACACGUCUGUGUGCUAAUCCAUGUCUCGGUGCUUUAGGGUUUUUAGAUGAUGCAGGGAGAGAGAAAACUGAGCUAUUCUUGGGUAGGGAAUUGUGGAAAAGGAACAGCAUAUUUGGAUAUUUGCUCUUUGGAGAGAUGAGCAGUCUAUUCGGAGCAGCAAACCUUUAUAUCUGUAGCUAUU